AUGGGGCUCAUUCCUCACAACGGCCUUUCCAGGCCCAGUUUUUCCCUUCCGGCGGCCUCUCCGGGCCCAGAAGCUCCUCAAUGCCUGCCCAGCUCCUGGUGGCCUUGGUCGGCCCACAGCUUCCUCAAGCCAAGCUCCCCAGGCCCAGCUCAGGCCUCACGGUGGCCUCUCCAGGCUCAGCUCCUGCCCUCCGAUGGCAUCUCCAGGCCCCAAACAGCCUCCGGUCGGUGGGCUCCUCCAGGCCCAGCUUGGGCCUCCCGGCGGCCUCUGCAGGCCCAAGUGGUCCUGAAGUCAGCCUCUCCAGGCCCAGCUCCGGCCUCCCAGCAAGCAAGCUCUUUUGGCUCAGCUCCUGCCCAGCUCCCGCCGGCUUUUGUAGACCCUGAACUUUCUCCAGCGAAGCACCUCAGGCCCACCUCCUGCCUCCCGGUGGCCUGUACAGGCCCAGCUCUGGCUGGAGAACAGCCUCUGCAGGCCCCGCUCUUGACUCCCAGGGGCGUUUCCAGGCCCAGCUCUCGCCUCACGGCGGCCUCCCGGGACCAAGUCCCUGCCUGCCUCCCGGCAGCCUGUGUGCGGCCCAGCUCCUCCAUCACAGUGGCCUGUUGAUGCCCAACUCAUGCCUCUGGCACCCAUUCCAGAGGCGUGAGCCCCUGCCUCACACUGGCCUCUCUCAUGCUGAGAGAAGUCCUCCCUCACGCUGGCCUGUUGAGGCCCAGCUCAUGCCUCUGUUGGCUUCUCCAGGCCCAGCCCCUGCCUGUUGGCGGCCUCUAG